AGACGUCUGACGUCUCGCAGCAAUUUAAAUUUUUAAAUAGGUUAUAUCUAUUUAAUAAACAAAUCCAUGAAUCCGAGAUGCAUACAAGUCAAUAAUCCAGCCCUGUGAGUGUGGGUGGCUCAUGAGGUGGCGUCGAUCAGCUGAAAUAUGUAUUUUGAAAGAUCUCCAUCGCCACAAGUCACAACACAUCAUUGAUGUUUAUUUAAGUAUCCAAUAGUAACAAGAUUCCUGAUUGUUCUAUUGGUCGAGCGACUAGUCUCCACGGGAAACGCCAAACUACACCUGCGCGCUUGGCCAGUUUCACUCAAGCGUCUCACAACAAAUUUGUCUUCUGACAGUUGACUUUAAUUGUGAUUGUGAAUGUUUAUUUUUACUUAGUUUUAGAUAGUAAUAGUUUAUACGUUAUUUUCUUAUGUAUGUAGGUUUUUCCAUUCUUGUGUUACGCGCAAUUUUUGGCACUGUGCCCGUUGCCUACAAUGGAGUGCUGUGUGUGUAACAAAACUUUUUCAUCUACCAGAGGCCUACACAUUCAUCAAUCACGAAUUCAUCAGGUUGGCUUCGGCACACGCGGUGGCUGCGAGGCGGCGGUUCAUGCCGUACGCACCUUCGUACAAAGCGACGCAUGUGAGGUACUUUUAAAAUUAGAUGUACAGAACGCAUUUAAUUCGGUUAAUAGGGACACCCUGCUGAACGAAAUUAAAAUUACUAUUCCGGAAAUUUAUAACUUUUUACUACAGUGUUAUCACUGUCCAUCCAAAUUAAUGCACAAAAAUAAUGAGAUCCUUUCGGCUGUGGGUUGUCAGCAGGGUGAUCCUCUCGGUCCAGCCAUAUUUAGUUUGGCAAUCAAUUCAAUCAUUCACAGUCUAAAUUCAAAAUUAAACGUUUGGUACCUUGACGAUGGAACUCUAGGUGGCGAUUCGCAGACUGUCUUAGCCGAUUUAUUACAAAUUAAAAAUAAAUUUAAAGAUAUUGGACUGGAACUAAAUUUCAAUAAAUGCGAAUUAUAUAUUUCCGACAAUGUAGGUUCUUCUUCGGCAUCCCAAAUCAUUCAAAAUUUUAAUAACAUCGCGCCGACCAUCAAAAAUAUAUCUAAAGACAGUCUUCAUCUUCUCGGGGCACCCAUCUUCAAUGAAGCCAUCCCUCCCCUUCUGAGUAAAUCUAUUUCGAAAUUUAGUGACUAUUCGGACCGACUUCUCAAAAUUAGCAGUCAUUCUGCUUUGUUUAUUUUAAAAUUUUGUUUACUCAUUCCAAAAUUCACUUACCUGCUCCGCUGUUGUCCCUUUUGGAAAUAUCCCCAUCUACUCCGACCUAUUGACCUACUUUUAAAAUCCCAAAUUGAAUCAAUUUUGAACAUCCAAUUUAGCGAGCAGGCAUGGACUCAAGCCACCUUACCGAUAAGAUAUGGUGGUUUGGGUACCCGUAAAAUUUCAAGUGUUGCUCUGCCGGCAUUCUUGGCCUCAAUUCAUAGCUCCUCCGAUCUCGCAGGUAAAAUUCUCCAAGCCUCUCCGGCUAGAAACUGCGAGAUCGCGGGCCUGGUUGAGGCCUCGAAUGCCUGGCUAGCUGGACCGAGUCAAAAUGUUCCGUCUCGACCGAAGAUACAAAGGGCCUGGGAUAACAUAGCUUCAGCCUCCACUCUAAACUCACUUUUAGACACCGCGACAGGCAGGGACCGAGCGAGGCUCCUGGCAUCAUCUAGGCCAGAGUCAGGUCACUGGCUCCACGCGUAUCCUUCGCCUAACACCGGCACCUUUAUCGACCCAGAGACGCUUCGCAUAGCCGCCGGUCUCCGGCUUGGAGUUGCACUCUGUGCCGACCAUGACUGCGCGUCUUGUGGAUCACAUGUAGAUCGCCUCGGACACCAUGGGCUCGCCUGCUCUUCGGGUGCCGGCCGCUUGUCUCGCCAUGCCGCCCUUAACGACAUCCUAAGAAGGGCACUCGUCAGUGCCGGCAUUCCCGCCGCUCUGGAGCCCCAAAUAGUGCGGAACGACGGUAAACGCCCUGACGGGAUGUCGUUAAUUCCCUGGAAGAUGGGCCGCGCGUUGGUAUGGGACGUCACUUGUGCUGACACGCUAGCGGCUUCCUACAUUCCAUCGACCAGCAAGCAUGCUGGUGCGGCGGCGGACACUCGGGAGCGUCAAAAGGUAGCCAAAUAUAGCUGUCUCGGCGCUCAAUACGAAUUCGUUGCGUUUGGCGUCGAGACACUUGGUUCGUGGGGCAGAGGGGCACAGAUACUCCACAAGGCGCUGGGCAAGCGGCUGAGGGAGGCAACGGGCGACCCCCGCGCGGGCAGCUUUCUCGCGCAGAGAAUUGCAAUCGCAAUCCAGCGCGGGAACGCUGCCUGCGUGAUGGGCACCCUACCAAGGGCGCAAAAUUUUGAUAGGUAUUUUUAAUUUUUAGCUUUAGUUAUUUUAAUUGUAGUUAGAUUUAGUUUAUUAUUCAUGUUGUGAGAUUUUUGUAUUUUAAUAAGUA